AUGGAGCAAACCCAUGUUGUGGCUUCAAGACUCAAUGCAACUUUGGUGGUUGUUGCAUUGGUUCUUAUUCAAGGUAAACCCAUCACAUUAAUCAAUUCUCCAUGCUGUUAUUUCAACUUUGAUCUCAUUCAUCAUCAUCUCCUCGUUAACCAUCCCACAGGAGCACAUGCAAUUGCAAAUAUCGGUGUUAAUUAUGGGACAGUUGCAAACAACCUUCCUCCACCUUCGAAGGUAGCAAAAUUUCUAUCCAAAUCCACCAUAAUCAACAGGGUGAGACUCUUCGAUGCCAACCCUGAAAUUCUACACGCUUUUGGAAACACUGGCAUAGAGGUAACCAUAACCGUCCCAAACGACCAAAUCCCCGACAUAACUAACUUAACCUUCGCACAGCAAUGGGUCAAAACCAACGUCCAACCGUUCCUCCCCGCCACCAAACUAAUCCGAAUCCUCGUAGGCAACGAGGUGCUGUCCACCGCCAACAAACUCCUCAUCAGCAACCUCGUACCCGCCAUGCAAACCCUUCACGUGGCUCUCGUCACAGCAUCAUUGGACAACAACGUUAAAGUCUCCUCUCCACACUCUCUGGGGAUUUUGUCAAACUCAAGCCCCCCCUCAACUGCCAAGUUUAGACAAGGCUACGACACGCACGUGAUAAAACCAAUGCUUAGUUUUCUCAAAGAUUCGAAUGCACCCUUCAUGGUUAACCCUUAUCCUUUUUUUGGAUCCUCUGCCAGCAACCUUGAUUAUGCACUCUUUCGGACCAAUUCGGGUGUAUUUGACGACAACACCAAACUCCGAUACACGAACAUGUUGGACGCGCAACUUGACGCUGUUUAUUCGGCGAUGAAGGUUUUAGGCUUUGAGGAUGUUGAGAUUGUCAUUGCCGAAACGGGCUGGCCCUCCGCCGGUGACCCGCCCCAAGUUGGUGUUGACCCGAUGACUGCUUCUGAGUACAAUGGGAAUCUCAUACGACACGUCACUUCUGGGGCUGGAACUCCUCUCAUGCCCAACCGGACUUUUGAUACCUAUGUUUUUGCUUUGUUUGAUGAAAAUUUAAAGCCCGGCCCAACUUGUGAGAGGAACUUUGGGCUCUUCUGGCCCAAUAUGAGUCUCGUUUAUGACGUCCCAAUAAUGAGGAACAAUGUAGCUGUCGUUGCUAAUAGACAUUGUUAUAAAGGUUUUUUGUCCAUCAUGCUUGUCUUCGCCUUCAUUUGUACUUGGCUUUAA